CAGUGUCAGUUUACACAGGAUUCAAGAUGGAGGAUGAUGGAGAUUUCGAUCGAAAAUCUGAAAAGGUUCCAGAAAUUAGCUACCACAGAAAAUUAGACAGAUCACCUGAAAAGGAUAUAAAACUAAUGAACGAAUACGACAAGAAAUUGAUUAGUGCGUUCCGAAGGGCUAAGGAGAAUGCUAGACUGAAAUUAGUGGAUUUGCAAGAUGAAAUCGAUGACAGGGACAGGGUGAUAGAAGAAGAGAGACAACUGCGUCAGUCUGCCGAGGAACGACUGCAGUCCCAUCUGAUUGACCUCUACAACAAUACGGAGGUCAAUAAGGAGUUAAGGGAACGCCUCCCUCGAGCCAACAAAUCAGAUCCUCUGGAAUCCAAAUUACCCAACCAUGAAACUGUAGAGAAAUCAGUUGUCAUAGAAACAAUGGAGAAAUCGCCUGAUGCUACAGUUCAGAGUUCAGCUGCAGCUGUUACUAAUGGUGUGAAUAUCUUAGAAAUUGAAAACCAGAUUAUACCUAACAAAGAGAACCAGCCAGAUAAGAAGAGGGAAGAUUCACCAUCAGAAUCAAUAGUGAAUACAACACCACCAAGUCCUCCUAGGAGACCACUCUCAUCUGCGUUGACAAAUUCUCCACAGUUCCCAUUCACCCCCUACACCCCUUCUUUCAUGCAUUCCCAGAUGUACCUCAACCAGCCCUAUGCUGCUGGCUAUCUGAGCCCCUCCUUGUUUUCCUACAACAUGGGUUCACCCAGGGGACAGUGCAUAAGACCCUCAUUUACCUCAAGUCUUCAACAGAACUCUAGUGUGCAGCCCUCUGAAGAAGUUUCUACUCCGACGAGUUCAACCACUGCUGCCCCUACAGAAAACACAGACAUCCCUCUAGAAGUGACUGACCUUAAUUCAAGUCCUCAAAAAGAGGACAAGUCAUGUGAUCAGCAGCCUUCUCCUGCUUUGGGGUUCCAGACAGGGUACAGUCCAUAUACUGCAGCAGAAUCCUCCUUUCGAAGUGCCUUAUUUCCACCUCCCAGUUCCUCGCAAGUGCAAUCCUCCAUACCAGGCUUUUUCCCUGCAUUUUCUCAUGGAUAUGGGCUUGCUGCAUCUAGGAAUCCAUCAGACCAAUCAAAACAAAUCUCUCUUCUGCUGUCGGAACUAGAUGCUGCUAAAGCUCAGAACAAAAGAUUAGCAGAAAAGCUGGCUCAAACAGAACAUGAUCUGGAGACCUCCAGGCUGAGACUUAAGACAAAAGAUGUGGAUGUUAAGGGGGACACAGAUGCUACUUCUGCUGCAGGAUUGGUCCAGGACAUCCACACAGCACAGAGAAAGAGAGAAGAGAGCAUGAUGGGAAGGAUGAAGCUGAACUGUCAGGAAAAAGAGGAAGCACUGCGGAGACUGAGAGAUCUAGAGAGACGGCUGGAUGAGGGUUACUCGGACAACACUGACCUGUCGGACUUUGAGGACCCUGAUGAGGAUGAGGUUGUGGAGGGCAUUGACAACUUGUUGUCACAGAUAGACUCCAGCUAUGGAUCAGACAAGAAAUAUAUUUCUCUUCUACGACGUCUCGAGUUGGUCAAACAGCGACAAAGGGAGAUCACGAAGGAGGAAAUGCACACCGUGCUGGAGGAGAGAGACAUAGCACAGUCCAGGGCAAGAAAACUGGAGGAGGAGUUGUUAAAGUAUCAAAGAGAGAAUUCGUCUUCUAACAGCGAGCCACAUCUCCAGGCAAAGUUGGCAAUUCUCCAACAAGAGCGCGAUUUGGCACUUGCGCAAAAUCGACAACUCGCGGAUGAAAUUCAGACGAUACGCAUCUACUAUAGCCUCCACAAAUCCCUCACCUCGGAGUCCCAGCCCGCGGAUGAAGUCAACUCACUUCAUCCCUUCAAGUCCUCGAUGAGCAACAAUACAGAGAAGGAAAAGCGCCACCUGGUAGAACAGCUAGCAGAGGAAAGGCGGGAAAAGAAUCAUCUACAAAUUGAACUAGAAAAAAUGGAGGCAUGCGUAGAGGAGAGCUCAAGGGAGAGCGAGAGGUUGAACAAUUUGGUUGGUACACUAAGACGAAAAUUGAAAACAGAGUUGGCGAAGGCAGAAGCGGCUGUUUCACAUGAUAAAAUCUCGUGUGGUGCCUCUGCAUACUCUAGAAGUGGAUAGAUGAUAUACAUGUACAGCUAUUGUUAAUGUUUACCAAAUUAUGAAAUAAUUUCUCAAUACAGAUAGGUAUUCACUGUUGGUUUGAUUAAGUUAUCUGAAUUGUUAUCUAUUCAGUGUGGGUAGCAUCAUUGGACUGGUUGUCUUUGUCAGUUUUACAGCUGAUGUUUCAUGUGAUCUAUAAAAUUAUUUACAGUGAAGUAGAGAGAGAAGAAGAAGCAUAGGAUAUAUAUAUGUCAUGAUUUAGAUAAUUUAUUAAAAGUUCUUAUUUGUGUGCUAUAUAAUUGUGUUACAAUUUGAACAUUUUAUACUAUGUCAUUUACAUAUACCUGGUAUAUAUUGAUAUUAUGUACAUAUAUAAAUAUAUAUAUAUUUAUAUUCUGUAGUUUGAUAUACAACUUCCCAUUUGGCAAUAUUAUGACUUCUAUUUAUAGACGUCACUGUGGGUAUUUUCUUCCGUUUUUGUGCAAUCUCUUUCUUUCAUAUACUGCCAUAAACCUUUCCAUUCUUUAAAUUAAUGAAAGGAUUCUUUUUAAAUAUUGCGAAAAAAUACUAUUAUACCUUGAAAAAGGCAAUGAUAUGAUGUAAAUCAUAUAGCACUGCACUCCAUAUCUUGUGUUUGUACCUGCUUGCACUUUUGUUCCAUUGCUAUCAUAGAUAUAUUUUUAUUGUAUUUUCAACAUGUCAUCAGUUAUUUUUUUUUGUUGCCAUUGUGAUAACACGGUCCUUCUACACACUAUAUAUCAUAGAUUGUUUUCUGUCACAUGACUACACACUAUAUAUCAUAGAUUGUUUUCUGUCACGUGACUACACACUAUAUAUCGUAGAUUGUUUUCUGUCACGUGACUAUACACUAUAUUUCAUAGAUUAUUUUCACUAUAUAUCAUAGAUUGUUUUCUGUCACGUGACUACACACUAUAUAUCAUAGAUUGUUUUCUGUCACGUGACUACACACUAUAUAUCAUAGAUUGUUUUCUGUCACGUGACUAUACACUAUAUUUCAUAGAUUAUUUUCACUAUAUAUCAUAGAUUGUUUUCUGUCACGUGACUACACACUAUAUAUCAUAGAUUGUUUUCUGUCACGUGACUACACACUAUAUAUCAUAGAUUGUUUUCUGUCACGUGACUGCACACUAUAUAUCAUAGAUUGUUUUCUGUCACGUGACUACACACUAUAUUUUAUAGAUUGUUUUCUGUCACGUGACUACACAUUUUGUAUCAGAUUGUUUUCUGUCACGUGGCUACACACUGUGUCAGAUUGUUUUCUGUCACGUGACUACACACUAUACAUGUAUAUCAUAGAUUGUUUUCUGUCACUUGACUACACACUGUGUAUCAUAGAUUGUUUUCUGUCACGUUUCUACACAAGGUAUGUCAAAGUUCCGUCCCGUUUAUUUUUCUUUUCUUUACGUUUUCUAUUUCAUGAUCGAUUUAUAACAAUGUCUCAUUCUGUUGUGAUAUACAUAUUUAUUGGUCAUUAGAUUACUAAUAUAAUUAAGAAAUAUAUAAUUGUUAUUUUUAAGAGAUUACGAUAUUUAAUAAAUUUUACAGAACAA